GCGCGUUUCGAAAAACAGUGUGCUGCCGAAUGGUUCAUGUACGGUCGUACGUCCGCUGGUCUCGGUUCGAUCCGCUGUCGUGAUUGCCGCAUGGUCACUCGAAUCAACGUCGCCGCCGCUGCCGUACAGAUUUAGUCGUCGAAAUUGCAAAGAUGUUUUGCCCGUUCAGUUCCCGUGGUCCACCGAGAGCAAACGUAACACAGACUGAACAACAGCAACCUUUGAAUCUGAAGCAUCUUAGCGAAGCUGUCAGAACUCUUACUUCGCCGCCGAACGGUGUGAUUUACUCGGCUUUCAAAUCCAUAGUCGAACAAACCGAGUGUCCGGCGUACAGUAAAAUACUGAAUGAGCUACCACAUGACUACUCAAGUUCUGAUAUUAAGUUAUUGGAUAUUUUGUAUGAUUCUGCACAAAUCAUACUCGGUGACGGUGCCAAAGUAAUCGAAACCGUGGGCGCGACGCUCAUACAAGAAUGCAACGACGACCGGCAAAUUCGAGCGCUGAAGAGUUUGGGCGGCAACAUGUACCACUUCCUGACCACAUUGGAUGGUGUGCACGACGUCCUACAAAUGGGCGACGAUAAAGAGGCCAGCUCAGAUUUAACGUGUCGGCCAGGCGAUGAGCCAGGUGUGUUGGACUUGACCCUUCGGACAAGUAGACCAGAUGGAAAGCGUGUCGCCCACCUGUUGACCGGCACACUGUCCGGUGUCGCAACCAGGUUCUACGGGUCACGACCAGAUAUUCGACUUGGCACAUACCCAAGUGACCCGUCAUUGUAUAGGUAUACAAUCAAGACCACGGUUGACGAUGAAGACGUUAAAGACUCUUCUCCAUUUUUGUCGCAUCGAGCCAUUGAUCUUAAAAUGGGUGUAACGAGCUUCUGUAAGGCUUUUCCGUGGCACUUAGUGUUGGAUAAACGACUAGAGUUCGUACAAUUAGGCUCUGGGUUCAUGAAGCUUUUCGGAAAAUGCCUGCAACAAUUCGGUCGAUCAAUUCACACGUAUUUCAAGAUCAGAAGACCGAAAAACGUUCGGCUCUCGUUCGACGGCAUCGUGAACAGGGCUAACUCGCCGUUCGUGUUGACGCUGUGCUUACCCGAGCCGCUUAAUCAUAAUUCUGCUGAGGGAUUGGAGUUCAAAGGACAAAUGGUUUUGUGUAACGAAUCCGGAUCGUUAUUGUACGUCGGUUCCCCACUGCUAGACGGACUGGACAGUCUGACCAGUAGAAGCCUGUUCAUUUCGGACAUACCAUUACACGACGCCACUAGAGACGUGAUAUUAAUCGGCGAGCAAGCUAGAGCUCAGGAUGGUCUUCGGAGAAGAAUGGACAAGUUGAAGAGUUCGAUUGAAGAAGCCAAUUUGGCCGUUGAUAAAGAGAGAGAGAAGAACGUCAGUCUUUUGCACACGAUUUUCCCACCAAAUAUCGCCAAACGGCUCUGGCUCGGAGAGACCAUAGAAGCUAAAACGCACGACGAGGUAACCAUGUUGUUCAGCGAUAUCGUGGGCUUCACGUCCAUCUGCAGUACCGCCACACCGUUCAUGGUCGUCAACAUGUUGGAGUCCUUGUACAACAAGUUUGACGCUUACUGCGGGCAUUUGGACAUAUACAAGGUAGAGACAAUUGGCGAUGCCUACUGCGUGGCUUCAGGCUUACACAAGUACAGUUCGAUACACGCUCAGCAAAUCGCAUGGAUGGCUCUGAAGAUGAUCGAAACGUGUAAAACUCAUCAUACACACGACGGGAAACCGAUCAGAAUGCGAAUCGGAUUGCACACCGGAUCGAUAUUGGCCGGCGUGGUGGGCGUAAAAAUGCCAAGAUAUUGCUUGUUCGGCCAUAACGUGACAAUCGCCAACAAGUUCGAAUCCGGUAGCGAACCGCUCCGGAUAAACGUCAGUCCUACUACUCACCAGCUGUUGAUGAAGACCCCCGGAUUCUCGUUCGAGGAGAGGAGCCGGUCGUGUCUGCCCGUCGGAUUCCCCGAGCACAUACCGGGCACGUGCCAUUUCCUGUUGUCGUACGCGCACCCCGACAUGUCGCCCGAUGACGCGACCGACUUGGACGCUCACGUCACCGCCGGCUUGCGACAACUCACCUUGGACAGCUGAACAACACCGCCGCCACCUCCGACACCACCUCCACAGACGCCGUCAGCACCGUUUCCUCGUAGAUGAUUAUAAUAUACACGCGCACCGGCGGAACGACGUCGAGUCUUAUAAUACUAUAUAUAUAAUAUAUUAUUGUAAUUUUUGUUUUUGUUGUUGCCCACCCGUAGAAGUGCACUCACUAAAAUAUGCAGAUGCGAGGAAAACGUAAAAAAGAAAGAAAAAAAAUUGUUUGUUUGAUUUUAUUAUAUAUAAUAUCACAAUAUGUGUAUCAUAGCAGUAGAACUCGGUCCUCUUAUAUAUUAUUAUUAUUUAUUAUAAUAUAUAAUAUCCUUAUCCUGUCAUCCCGCCAGUCGGAUCAACACCGCCGGUUAAAAGCACUCGAUUCGUGCAUCACGAUUCCUACACACCUCGCUCACCUAAAUAUAGUAUAUUAUAAUUAUUAUGACAUCGCCCGUCGCCGACGGUUGAAAUCACGUAAGAUGUACGUCAUUGUUUGUACAGCUAAAUAAUUAUUCUCUCGCCUAAAAUAUUUAUAAACGUAAUAUUAUAUUAUCAAAAGUAUAACAAUUAAAACAUAAUCUCCGACCACGGUGAUGUUAUUAUUUCUUUUAAAUUUCUUCGUUUAUCUCCAUAAUAUACAUUAUAUAUAUUGAAUGUAAUAUAAAAAAGUCUUUUGAGCGUGGUUCUCCUUUUCCGUAUUUACCGGCGGCGCAAUAUCCACUACGUCUGCGACGAUAGACAUUAUUUUUUUUUUCUUAUGUAUAAAAUAGAAUAAUAAUUAUUAUUAUAUAAAACGGCUCUGUACGAUAUAAUAAUACAAAGAGUCGGAGAAAAAAACCAUUUUAACGAAUGCCAGCGAUAAUUUUAUUCUAUAUAAUCGCUUCGGAAAAUACGGCUCAGUGAGAAUGGUAGUAUUAAAAACCCUAUACAACCGAACGCUUUGUUCCACAGUAUGGUGGGCAAAAAAUUACUGAUUUAAAAUUUUAAAAAAAUCGUUGAAAUAUUUCUGAAAAUUAAAGGAUUGAAAAAAAUAAUCAGUUUCCACUAAUAUUAUUCUCUAACAAAUCUUUACAGAAAUGAAAUUUUUAAAAAAAAUGGACAAGAAACGGAUAUAAUAAUAUGAUCAAAGUAGACCAAUUUUUAUAAUUAUAAUGGCAUAAGAAAAAAAUACAUUUAACUAAUGAAUGGCACCAAAUAAAUAAUUUAAAUAAAUUCAGUAAAUUCAAAAGAUCUGAAAUUUUAAAUAAUUAUGACAUUGAACCUUUUUCUUUUUUAAUCAAUAGUAUUAUAUUCGUAGUCUUAUAAAAAUUAUUUUUAAUUUUGUUUUGAAUGAAACAACUUUUUCGAUCGAACAAUUUUAUGACAAAUCAAUCAGUGCAGUUAAAAACCAACAAAUAUAUUUAACAGAAAAUAUGUGAUUUAAGUAUCCAUUUUUAAUCAUAAAAAAAAACAUAAAGGGUUAUUAUUUCUUAAACUCAUUUCAAAAUUAUAAAAGAUAACAAUGCAAAUUCAAUAAAAAAUUGCAACAGUGGCAAAAUUAUUACAUUGAGUACACGGUUGUGUAAGAAACAAUAGAUACACCGAUCGGAUGAAUUAAUCACUUUUGUAUAAAAUAUUUCCGAAAAUAAAUGUCAGGCAUUUUGACUCUUGUUUCACGUCCUCUUUUUUUUUAAUCUCUUAAAUCUUCCUAUGGUGUGAAAAUUAAUUAAUAUAAACAAAAGGAAAAUAAAUCUCCUGUAAAAAAACUAUUGUGAUCAACGUUAUUUCAUAACGAGUUUUGUGUUCCUAGUGUUUAAUGUUUCUAUCGUUUAUCGUUUUUAACACGUGAAUAUAAAUUGUAGUUAAUUUAAUAUUACGUAUUAAGAUUAAUAUUAUAUUAUAUGUUAUAACAUUAAUAAUAAUAAUAAUGUUUUAUUGGAUAUAUUAUUGCCAUCGCAUUAUAACACUAAACUUAGUAAUAAUAUUAUAUCGAUAAGUUUAUGUAUACAUAUAAUGUAUCUAAUAUCUAUAUUAUAUAAUAUAAUACAUAGAUAUUUUAAUAUAUGUAUAUAUAUAUAUAUUUUAAACGUUUGCUUUUGUCAAAAAAAAAAAAUCUAUUGCGUUACUUGACUAAACAUUAUUAACUCUAUAAUAAUUAUUGUUUUUUUUUUCUUUCUUUCUAUAAUGGUGUAAUAUUAUUAUGAGCAACUUGAAAAAUAUGUAUGUAAUUGCAUUUACGAUUUAGAUUGUCAUGCUGACGCGUUUGUAACACGUAUAAUAAUUGUCAAUUAUAUAUUACGUUAUUUCCGAUUGCUUUUACACACACACACACACACACACACAUUGGAUCUAUCGAAAAUCGUCAUCUGCAGUUGUAUAAACUGGUCAAAAAAAAUUAUUGAUAUUACUUUAAUAUAUACUAUAUAUAUAAGAUUGUUAUUUCUCUGUACCUACGUAUAUUGUGUACCUUUAUAAUAUAUAUAUAUAUAUAUAUGCGCUAUUUGUUUGCAUGUACAGAGUGUUUCGCAAACUGUGUUAUACUGAUCGUAUGUGUGUAACGGUGUUUGCGUUAUACUAUUUAUCGAUCUAAGACGGUAAACAGUAUUAACGGGACACCCUGUAUGACAAAAUAAAUUCGAAUUUCGCCAAAUAAACAAAAUAAAAACACUUUCGUUCAA